AAGGAGCCCGUGAAAAAUUGUCCGUGCGUUUCCGUGUCGUGCGUGUUUUUCGUCCAUAAGUUUUCGCCAACAACUCAGUUACCGCCGCUAUUCACGCGUUGGUUUUUCGGAAACCCAUCGAGUGCAUCAAGAACCUGCCACCCCACCUCCGGAUAUCCAGUUAAAUCGUUCUUGAGUUGACGAUCGUCAACCCUUUUAGGCGCCAGACUACCACAAUACCGAUAAAAUGUCCACCGAAAAGGAGGUAAACCCAGCGGAAGUAGAGCAGGAGGAACACGACACCAACUAUCAGCCACCGCCACAGAAAACGAUUGAAGAAAUAAUGGCGGCCGAUGCGGAGGAUGAGAGUUUGCGAAAGUACAAGGAAGCACUACUGGGAGAGGCACAGGCGGAAAAGAUUAUUUUCGACGAUUCUGAUCCACGCAAAGUGAUCGUGAAAAAGCUGGCUCUCGUUGCGGCCGACCGUGAUCCGAUGGAGCUCGACCUCACUGGAGACCUAACGAAGCUAAAAAAGAACGUGUUUGUAAUUAAGGAGGGUAUCCAGUACAAGAUUCGCAUCGAUUUCGUCGUCCAGCGUGAGAUUGUGCACGGGCUCAAGUAUGUGCAGAAGACCUACCGAAUGGGAGUCCCAGUGGACAAAAUGGUGCAAAUGGUUGGCUCCUACCCACCAAAGAAGGAAAUCCAGAGCUACACGACGCCGUUCGAAGAGGCACCGUCCGGAAUGAUGGCCCGUGGUACUUAUUCCGUCACGUCCCUCUUUACCGACGACGAUAAGAACGAGCAUCUCAAGUGGGACUGGAGCUUUGAGAUCAAAAAAGACUGGCAAUAAAAUGCAAUCACCCGAAAGCCACCAACAAACACACAAAGAAACAAACAAUGGAGCUAUAAGUUGAUGAACAAACAAUACAACCAAUACAUUUACGGUGGUGAAAGCGUGUAGUAGAUAGGCAGGCAGGCAGAUGGUGGAUGGUGUGGCUCGUGAGUCAUGCGAAUGCAUGACGGUGCAAAACAUGUGAAAUCAACGGUCGUCGUAUCAGUCUGAACUGAAUGGUGUGCAGCAAAGGGGAUGAAUGUAAGAAAUAGAAAAGCGAUAAUAAGAAUUACAGAAAAGCAUGACAAAAGAAGCCAUUGCCUGGUCAGAAGCCAAUUGAUAAUGGAGAGACGAUUUGUUAAUUGCAAAAUUUGUGCUUAAAAAUGGGCAACUUUUAUCGUUAAGGCUCGUAUCGUAGCGAACAGUGGUGAAUAUUAUCUGAAGGCAUGUUAGGGUUGCAUUUCGCCGAUGGGCCGAUCUUUCUUGGGCGACAACAUGCCCCGCAUUUACGAGCAGCGCAUUUUGUGUAUAACGAUGCACUUCAUCUUGAAUUUGUUUUCAGUUUAAAAAGCAAAUUUCUAAAGCACGCUACUUUUGCUGAUGUGUUUGGUAUGAUGAAUUCUCUUAACAACAUUUCCCGAGCUUCGACGAGCUACUUUGAGUAUUAUAUUUUCUUUUACCUGGCCUUGUAAUUUGCAAAUCACAUUUGUUCGGCUUCUCAUGAUCCCCAUGCACCGCACAGUUGCUUAAGUAUAUUAUAAAACGCUUGAAAAUCAUGAAUGAUAAACGUAAAUGGGACUGAACAAUGACUGGGCGACAGCAGAACCUGUUCCAAAAAUCUAGCCAAACAUGAAGGACGAUAAGAUGAUUACGGUGCUUGAAAAGCAAUACGAAGGAAAGGGUGGUAUCGGGAUCGCAGAGAAUAUCGUAGAUUGCAACACGAGGUAAACACACACACACACACACACACACACACACACACACAGACACACAUACCAACAUUAAAAGUAUUCAGUUCUUUUAUGCCGUUUUUAUGGAGGAAAAAAGGAAAGAAGUAUUCGAUGCUCAUACGAUGGAUAUAACGUGAUAGAGACGUAUCAGUAGGGGCAAAUCGUGACCGAUAAGGUAUUUCUGUUCAAUAUUAUUUUCCAAAAAAUGUUCUUGCUGAAGUGCUGAAGCAGUAGGGAAUAUGAAUCGCCAGCCGCAGCCCGAAGGAAUAGGAAUGAUGUUUUAUGUUUGCGAAGUAUAUAGAUGUAUGUAUAUCAACGCUAUUCCGUAUCAGCACCACCAACGCAACAGCAUAUAAAAAACGAACCGCUCUCCGAGUAAGCUUUGUAGGGAGAUGGACCAUGAAGCAACGCCCUUGCAUGUACUUGGAUUUCAAUUGUGCCGUAGCUUUUGCUUGAAUAUCUUACUUUUGUCGAACGAGAGAUUUUCAAUAGAAACAGACAGAUCGAAUUUGAGGAUUGUAGUGCGAGACAUGUGAGACCGCUGGAAUUAUGAGGUUUUUCCCAAGGAUAACAAGCUAAUAAACGUGUGUGAUAGUGCUGUGGAAAGUGAAACAACAAAAGAAUGUCCAACUAUCCCCGGUAGUCUACUGCCAUUUCUAUGUUGCCCUUGUGUGCUUACACCAAUCAUGGCGCAGGGAGACGGAAAAGAAAAUCAGUAUAACAAUUUAACAGUCAUCCUAAAGUAACGGUAGAGCGCACCCAAGCGUUCGUCACGGUGGAGAGCUGACGGGAGCAAUACUUCUUGCACAUCCUGGGGUAACCCUUCAGCACUUACUGCAAUGGUUCCAGUUCCUUCGAAUGCAGUUGAUAGAGUGAAGCGGCUGUUUACUGAGUCGGCUCGCCAACCUGUUGUUGGCGACCAUUUUCUACAUUCAAUCAAGAGUAACCGAUGAAAAUCGCAGGAAAAAGAUAAUAUGCUGGGAAAAUGUACAUUUCAAUCAUGAAAAAUCAUAGAUAAACAGCAGUUGUCGCUGCCAGUAUCGAGCAAUCAACGCGCAAUGGCUAUGCUGCGUUUAUGACAACCGUUUCACAACAUAUGCGCCUUAGAUAUGUAGAUCAUACGAGUGGAUGGAAGGAGAGUUUGACGAGAGACUUAGAAGCCGGUUCUGCAGGUGAUGGUGCUGCGCAUCCAGAGACCUUACCCCCUGCGCCCUGCACCGGUUGGAAGGUCAUUUAGGAGGUAGAUGAGAGUUCGAGGAUCAAUAACAAUACAAUAUCCGCUAGCGGCUCGCUAGCUCGAGGAGUAGUUUGAGACAAUGCGAAAACAAUGUGCUUUACCUUCGGCGAUCCACAAUUUCCGGCGAUCAGCAACGUGUGCGUGUGUGCUCAAUUUGUUCGUUUACGGUAUUAAGCGAGAGAUAAACAGAUAGACGGAAGGCUGGAGAGAAAAUACAUAAAAAACUGUAAUAAAACCUAGUGUUCGGUAAGGGUACGUUUGUUCCUAACCAGAACAUUUGCCACCAAAAUCGAUGAUUCUAGUGGUUAACCC